UCAAAGAUUUCCAUCAAAUUCCCGAUAAAUAUGACGAUUUUCAAAUUGAGCCAACCACCAUAACCAAUGCUACAAAAUUAAAUCAAACAAUUGCACCGACAGCUUCAAAGCCGAAAGCAAAAAAGAUAAGACCCAUUCUCCAGAAAAAUAAAAAACCUACCCCUGAACAAAUCCGGGCAUACCAAGACCAGCCAAUCCCAUUCAAAUCUAAAAUGGAAUGUAAAAGUUAUCAUGAACAAAAUGGAAUCUCUUCUAAAGAAUUGUGGAAUUGGCCAUCAGUCCGUGUUUUUGUUGGUAUAUGGACGACAGCAGAAAAGCAUGAAAUUCGAAGUAUAAUACGAGCUAUAAAUUUAAAGCAACAAGAAAAUUUGAUUGGUGACAAUGUGGAUUUCAAGUUUAUCCUUGGAAAACCACCGAAACGUGUGUACACACCCGAUUUGAAAUUAAAAUUGACUACUGAGAAUGAUACCUAUGGCGAUCUUGUAAUACUAGACAUGGAAGAGAAUAUGAAUAAUGGCAAAGCGUAUUAUUACUGGAGGUGGGUUUGGGAACACCUUGGUACCAUGAAAUAUGAUUAUGCAACAAAGGCAGAUGAUGAUGUAUUUGUACACUUUCAAAAUCUGGCACUUAACCUUCGACCAUUGCCACGAGAUAAUGUGUAUUACGGAUGUGAGCAUAGGUACUAUAUGACAGGUAUGCUUGUAGCUCUCUCAAUGAAUUAUCCAAAACUGAUUACAAAAACACCAUUCAAAAAAGCUGAAUGGAAAGGGCCCGAAGACAUGAUGUUGGGACAAUGGCUAAUUAAUCAUGCAAAUUCAACUUUAAAUCCAAUUGAUGAACAUUGCUUACUUUUUCAAGACCCAAGGAUCCCAGUAGUUUAUGUUGUAGAGAGACAAUGGGCAUCACCACAAUCGAUUGUCAUACAUUGGCUAAAAGACCCCCAUGCAUGGAAAGGUGUCAUCGAUUUAUAUAUUCCAGGUGGUAUAAAAGAUUUGAUAGGUAUAUAA